AUGCAUGCAGCCGAGCUGGCCUAUCUUCUGGGAGGUAUUUCCAUUGCGUUGAACCUGGUCGCUAGCGUCCUCCACGGCGUUUGUUUUGCUUUAUCAGGAGCCUCGUCAAUCGAAUCAAUUAGUGUCACACUCAGCGCCGCUAGCUGUCUGGUGUUGCUUACCUUGAUACUUCUAUGGAGGAAGAACAUUUGGCUUCCUUCCAGAGACCGUUGGGCAAAGUGGCGGACCAUAGCGUAUGGAUUCAUCUUGGCAUAUCUUGCAAUAUCCAGCGGCGUCACAGCUGGCGCCGUCGUGUGGAGCACCUCAAAACUCGACCAGGGGCUGUUUGCAGGUUUCCUUUUGAUUGACGACUCCCACAACCAAUGUCCGAGCUCGCUCUCGCAGGAGCUUGUGCUGCAGCCAGACCAGUCGAGCUUAAAGCAUAAAAGCGCUGCCAAGGAACCAGCAUUGACCAUUGAAUUGAGACGACAAUCUAUUGAUCGAAAAACGAGCUGCGAUAGCAGUCUUUUCGCGAACCAGCCCGCUACCUCAAUCGCGUCCUCUCACCGCUACUCUGGAAGGACUCUAUAUCAACCAGAUUCUAAGCACAAUUCACUCGAUCUUCAACCACCAGGGCUGGGUAUGCCGUCCCCUGAUUCCAACACUUCCCGCAGCCGAUUAGAAGCGAGGCAGGGUGAACGGGACAGCUGCAGCAUAACCACCGAGGAGCGGCAAGGGAUGCGCAUAAUCCACGGGACCCAAUCCGAGAUCAAGAGGUCUUUGGACGGUUUGAUGCUUCAGCCAUCAUCAGGCACGUCACCCCCGGCCGCAUCGACGGCUAAGCUAGAGGCUUCCCGAGCGCCUGCGCCUCCAAAGCUGCACUUCCCUGACGAGAGCAAUAUCCACCCAUUGUUCCGUUCCGAUAGCCCAUCGCCCCCGCCGACGCCUUUGCCCGGAACAAAUCUCCAUGGACUAGCCGUGGCAGGACAGACGAUCUCGGUCAAGACGUUGAAUCGGAUGAGAUCGGCCAAUUCUCUUCGAGCUCACGGAGCACGAAGCAGGUCCCCACGGUUCGAGCGGAUAAAUCAGCAAGGCGAGACGACGGAGGACGGAAAGUUGAAUCCAAGCCGUGAGAGCCGAGGCAGAUUAGCUGAAAAGACGGCGAUACCUGGAUUCCUCAUGGCUGCGGAUGUGCGAAAGAGCAUCGCCCGGUAUGAGAAGAGGUAUGAAUUGAAUGAAUCUCCAGACGAGAGCUAGUAUGACGAUAUUAACUGGAAAUGCUCUCUAAUGACCUUUUUCCUUUGUCUUUUUGUCUGAGUUCGUUGGCCAUAUAUCUCGGGAAAAGGGUGUUCUGCUAUACAGGUGCAGCAGAACUUACGCUAUGUGUUUUCGAGUCUUCAACUAUGUACAUAGAACC